AUGGUCGAAGAAAGAAUAAAAAUGCGGAAGCAGUUAGGGUUGCUAGAAGGGGUCGCUAUUAUACUGGGAAUAAUCUUCGGAAGUGGGAUUUUCAUAUCUCCAAAAGAAGUCUUAGAAAAAACUGGUUCUGUAUGGAGUGCUUUGAUUGUGUGGGCAGCUUGCGGUGUACUCGCCACUCUUGGUGCUAUGUCGUAUGCUGAACUUGGAACUACUCUCGCUCAAAGUGGAGGAGAUUAUCAUUACAUUAAUGAAGCAUAUGGUCCAUUACCAGCCUUCUUAUAUCUAUGGGAUGCUAAUUUUGUCUUUGUACCAAGCACUAAUGCAAUUAUGGCUUUGACAUUCACAAACAACGUUGUGGAGCCACUAUUUCCUAACUGCCCAGUAAAUCACAUCAGUCGGAAAUUAAUUGCAGCAUCUACUAUAUGUAUUCUAACAUUCAUAAAUGCUUAUGACAUUAAGUUCACAACAAGGAUACAAAACGUGUUUAUGUUUACGAAGAUUAUGGCUUUGGUUAUUAUAAUUAUUGGUGGCAUUGUGUGGAUAUUGAGAGGUGGCACAGAGCAUUUUGAAAAUGGAUGGGAAGGCACAAAGACUUCAGCUGCUGAGUGGUCUGUGGCAUUCUAUUCGGGAAUAUUCUCUUAUUCAGGAUGGAGUUACUUGAACUUUAUGACAGAAGAAUUGAGAGAUCCAUACGUCAAUCUUCCGCGCGCCAUAUAUAUAUCGUUGCCACUGGUCACUGUUAUAUACCUGCUUGCUAAUAUGUCAUAUCUCGCUGUACUGGGACCAGUCGGGGUGACAUCAACGGAGGCCAUUGCUGUGGAUUUCGCGGAUCACGCCCUGGGUUGGUUUAAGUGGGCCAUGCCGACGCUAGUAGCCGUCGCGAUCCUCGGCGGGCUCUCUGUGCACAUAAUGACAUCAUCGCGCAUGUGCUUCGCUGGAGCCAGGAACGGACACAUGCCGGAACUUCUCGCCCACAUCAACGUAAAGUGCAUGUCGCCGAUGCCUUCGCUCGUGUUCUUGAUGCUGAUGUCGUUAUUAAUGUUGAUUCCGAAUAAUCUGACAUCUUUGAUAACGUACUGCACGGUCGUCGAGUCUUUCUUCACCACGUUGAGCUGCAGCGCUGUACUUUGGCUGAGAUACAAGAGACCAGAAUUACAUAGACCUAUACAGGUUCAACUUUGGAUACCGGUGUUGUUUGUGGUGAUCAGUACCAUGCUGCUCGUGGUGCCUGUGAUCAGCGAGCCAUUCGCCGUGCUGGCCGGUGCCGGUAUGACCCUGGCCGGAGUACCGGUGUACUUGUGCCUGGUCCGAACAACGCCAAGUCCAAUCAAGAGAUUGUCUGUCAGAUUCACGUAUUUUUGCCAGAAGAUAUUCCUGUGCGUCGUCGAAGACAAGGAAGAAUGAACCGUAUGAGACACACAAUAGAAAUACGUUUCGAUUCUGAUCUGAACGAAAUUUUGAAUCUCUUUGUUUAGAAUAUAAUCACUUGGUGUGCAUUUUAUUUAGCGCUUAGUUUCAUCAUUGUGCUUUUGUGUCGGCGAUUAGGCCAGUAUACUAAGCUUUUCUGUAAACUUAUAAGCUUGAAAUAAGGACGGAAGCGACUUGUUUUAAAGAAAUACACGAAUUCUGUCAGAGGGAAAGAGACAGAAACAAAGUUGUUGCCCCUCUCUAUUAGAAUGUAACUGUUUUCACCAAAUAUAAAUAAUAAUUUCAUAGUGGUAAGUGAUAAAUGACACGAGAAAGUUCUCAUAAGUCGUUUUCGUUCUAGUUUUAUUGUAUUAUUUAUUAUAUAUUAUAGAUUGUCUGUGUGCGUUGUUGUUAAUUCGUGUUAUAAUACAGUAAUCAAAUGAUAUCUCGAAAGUAAAGUUUAAAAAACCCUUUAAUAUGGUCUUAAAUAUACGAGACUUGCCGCACGGUUUCAACAAACUCAAAGAUAAAAUUAGUUUACAAUAUCAAUAAUAUACUCAAAUAAAGAAGCACAGGUUACACGUUCAUAAUGAGAAAAUUUGCAAAUAUGUAUACUAUUUCUUACUAACGUAAUAUUGUACCUUUAGGACUGACGAAAGGUACUAGUUAAUGGUGAUACGGUUUGCAAACGUAAUAUUUUUUUUAUUUGAUCGACCCAAAAAAAAGAUUAAAAUAUAUAACGUUAAUUAUUUUUUCUACUCGUGCUCCCUCCAUUGUACUUUGAUUGCAAUUGGCGUUACAAUUCAAUCGGAUUUCAGAGUCACACUAAGAAUGUACUAAAGUCAAAACACAAUUAGGGUUUUAAAUACACUAAACAAGACCCAGUAUAAGAGAUAAAGUUUGUUUAACAUCACAUUGGGCGUCUUGAGUGAACAUCGCAUUAAAUACUUUUUGGAGUUAUUACGUUUUAUUUUUUGAACGGUGUAACGAAUGUUAUAGGAAGAUAUCGGAGCAUAUAGGUAGGCAAUAGCGCACAGACUGACUUGCGACAAAAUGCUUGAAUCGCGCCUAUCCUAAAUUAGUGCUUGUGUUUGUGCCCGGUAGCUAAAUAAAAGCGGAUCACGUCACGCGAACACCGCUUAAUGUAAAAAAAUAUCUUUUUAAAUAAAUGCAAGGUCCCUCCUAUAAAUACGGCUUACAGAAGCUUUUAUGUUCCUUUGCGGUAUAUAUUCAACGCAUUUUGCUUUUGUUUCGAUCUGUUGCGUGGGGUUGCCAACGUUGAUUAGAAAAACAAAAUUCUCGGCUUACUUUAAACUAUUUAGUAGUUAGUAUUUACCGAAAUGUAAAUUAUGGUUGACUAAUUCGAACUUUACGUGCUAAUAGGGCUUCUUUUUUAUUUGUAUUUGUACAAGGAAUUUGUUAUGAGAAAAGAAUUUAAAAGUUUUUUUUAUAAUAAUCUCUAAAAAAGUAGAUUCAAUAAAAGUGAAAAUAAGGAUCGGCCAUACAUUUUAUUUAGUGAUACAUUUGUUUGUUUCGCUAAUGAAAAUACUUCAUUAGGGGACCUGAAAUGAUGGAUUUUAUACCAUAAACAUAAUAAUAUAAGUAAGUUGGCAACCCUUUUAGUGUAGUGUAUUCAAGAACGCAUUUCGGUAAAUGCUUGAAUUAAAUUUUAUUACACCUAGGUAGAAGAACUAAUGUAAUAUUGUCCCUCUGGUUCGCACUCUUUACAAUGCGAACCGCAACAGAGGUGUAUAAUGGCGAUACCUUUUGUAGUCCCGUAAUACGCACAAGUAUUAUAAACAAAGUAAGUCGGUGCUCGGUCGUUGUGAAGUCACAAGAUGAAUAAAGUACGUUUUUUUUUGUGUGUCAAAACGUCAUUAAAUUUUUUUUUUUUUUUUGAGCAAUUUGAGAUCUCACUUGAAUCUUACAGUUAUAAAGCGUUGUUCUAAUUUGUGAAUUAAAAACGAAUGACCGGCGAAACGAAGUGCCAUAAUAAUAAUAUAUUAUACGAAAAUUGUAAUGUCACAUUUUAAAAUGUAAGUUUAUAAUAACUCAUUUCAAUGAAGACGCGUGUGAUAAAUUAACAAAAGGGUAAGAGUUAAUUAAGAAUUUGUAAGGUACGUUCGUCCUUCACACUUUGAACUGAGUAAGGUACAUAAGAUCCCGUGUUCGAAUUGCAAGUGCUUUAAAAAUGUUCAUAGGUACUGCACACGGUUUGGCAAAUAAUCUUAGAAAUAACGGCGAAACCAUCUAAUUCUAUCCAGCCUUUUGAGCCUUUUAAGCUUUUAAGACAUAAAUGACGUUACACAAUAUAUGUUUACAGAUUAGUGUAUUUUGUUUAAUGAAAAGCAAAAUAUAAUUACAUACACUGAUUGAAUUGAUCAAUGAAAAUAGUAUUGAAAUAUAUUCAGACUACGUAUUUUAACAGAGCAGAGAUCGGAUUUUAAGAACGAAUUACGCCUAUGUUCCUGGACAUCGCGCAUUUUAGAAUACAUACAUUUAUUAAAACUUAAAAAAAGAAUAUUAAAAUCAAAUUCGCCUUCAUAAUGCAACCGCUAUA